AAUUCUGCACUAAAAUAUUAAAUUUACAUCAUCUCUCGCGAUUAAAAAAUCCCGUGGCUCUUUCGAACUCACUCUGCAUCUCACAUGGCGUCCUUGACGUCCAAUUUAACCUCCAUAACUUCCCGCCUAACCCUUCUCCGCAAGCCCUCAAUCCACUAUUCCACCACAACUCUCCAAAAAUUGCAAUUUCGCCUCAAAUUGAGCAGACCCGCAGCUCCCUUUCCCCAUCACACAAUCCAUUAUUCAUCUUGCCCGAAGGCGCGAACCGUAAAAGCGUCAAGCCAAGAUGAGGAAUUGGUUGUUCUUGGUAUUGAAACUAGCUGCGACGACACUGCGGCUGCAGUAGUACGGAGCAAUGGCGAAAUCCUUAGUCAAGUUGUGUCUUCACAGGCAGAUCUGCUUGUUCGUUAUGGAGGAGUUGCUCCUAAGAUGGCAGAAGAAGCACAUUCACUGGUGAUUGAUCAGGUGAAAGUGAGAUCAGACCAUUCACAUAUGAAUGACUUGUACACAUCAAGUACACACGCAGUAGAUAUUUCAAGGGGGAGGCUCUUCUCCUUUUACCCAUGCUGUGUGUAUGUGUGUGUGUGUGUGUGUGUGUGUGUGUUAUAUACGCUUUACAUAUUUGGUGCUCUUUCUUCGCAGGUAGUGCAGGAGGCUCUUGAUAAAGCAAAAUUAACUGAGGAAGAUCUUUCUGCAGUUGCCGUUACGAUUGGUCCUGGUUUAAGCCUUUGUCUGCGUGUUGGUGUUAGGAAAGCUCGGAAACUUGCUGGGGCGUAUACUCUACCCAUUAUUGGCGUCCAUCACAUGGAAGCCCAUGCCUUGGUAGCAAGUGCAAAGCGAGUUACAGUUCCCUUUCAUGGCCUUCCUCAUCUCAGUCUACGUGUUCACUUAGGCGGCCAUAAUCUUCUUGUUCUUGCCCGUGAUCUUGGCCAUUACAUACAACUUGGGACCACGAUAGAUGAUGCGAUUGGGGAGGCAUACGAUAAGACAGCCAAAUGGCUUGGUCUUGAUAUGAGGAAGAGUGGAGGCCCUGCUGUAGAGGAGCUAGCUCGAGAGGGUGAUGAAAAUUCUAUUAAAUUCAAGGUGCCCAUGAAACAGCACAAAGACUGCAAUUUCUCAUAUGCAGGUCUGAAGACUCAAGUCAGGAUGGCAAUUGAAUCCAAAAACAUUGAUGCUGCAGUACAUGUUGCUUCAGCUAGUGAGGAAGACAGAAAGGCUCGGGCUGAUAUUGCAGCCUCGUUUCAGCGCGUUGCAGUGUUGCAUUUAGAAGAAAAGUGCGAACGAGCAAUUGAAUGGGCAUUAGAGAUGGAGCCGUCUAUGAAGCAUUUGGUAGUCUCGGGAGGCGUUGCAUCCAACCAGUAUGUCAGGUCUCGCCUCAUUAAGAUCGUCGAAAAGAAAGGCCUGCAACUUGUCUGCCCUCCUCCCAGUCUCUGUACUGACAACGGCGUAAUGAUCGCUUGGGCCGGCAUCGAGCAUUUCCGCAUGGGAAGAUACGAUCCUCCGCCACCUGCAUGUGAACCGGAGGAUGCCGUGCUUGAUCUACGGCCAAGGUGGCCAUUGGGGGAGGAAUUAGCUCAAGGAAGAAGUGAAGCUCGCUCAAUCAAAACAGCUCGGAUUCAUCCCUCUCUCACCUCUCUCAUUCAAGCAUCUAUGAACAACCCUUGAAUGUGUUGCAUGGAUUGAUUUUUUUUUUUUUUUUUUUUCAUAAAGUUAGUUUAGUAUAGAUGAAAAUUUGAGGCACACUGUGAUGAGGAUAAUAGAUCAUGUGUGUUUCCCAUUUAAUUUGGUCUAUAUUUUAUAUUGGAUGUUCCUUUU